GCUUUUGUCCGUGCUGAUUAUCGGAUUCUGGCAAGGACUCUAUGCUCUGGAUGCGUCUGACGGAAGUGCUGAAGGUUCUGGCACGAUCGCCAAUGUCCUGGUGCAAGCGCUAUUGCAAUCCCCCGACUUUGGAAAGUUCUCUAACAGCACGAUGGGACUCGUUCUGUACUACCUAUGGGGUGUUAUCACUGGUCUGAUUCUGCUGAACAUCCUCAUCUCGCUGUUUUCUUCAGCGUAUUCAGACGUCGUUGAUGACGCUGAAGCCCAAUAUCUGGCGUUCUUUGCCAGCAAGACGGUCGGGAUGAUCCGCGCGCCAGAUGAAUUCGUGUUCCCCUCCCCGUUCAACAUCAUCGAAGUCCUUUUCCUGAUUCCGUUCGAAUUAUGCGGCCUCAGCCGCAAGUCCUACGCGAAACUGAACCGAUUUGUCAUGAUCACCGUGUUCUUCGUGCCGCUCGCCAUGAUUGCGCUGCACGAAUCGCUUACAGAAGAGAGCAGACACACUUGGAUGAAGCGCUGGCUCAGUGGCGAUAACGAAGGCGAGGACGAGCGACCUGAGCAUCACGAUCCGGUGGUCGAUGACGAUCCCGUCGGCCGCGUGAUCAGCAAAGUUCCUUUCGAGGAUCUCGUCAAGGCUUUCCCUGAUACCAACCAGUCGAGCGAGGCACUGAUGAUGACCGAGAUCACCCAAUUGCGAAAGCAGCUGGCAGCGCUUUCAGAGAGAUUGAAUAGCAUCGGGAACUAAGGACAUCUAGUGAUUCUAAUUGCCAUACGGUCUACUCGGAUAAUUGUUGCAGUGGUUCUGGAAUGCCUGUUCUUGCGACGGAAGUCUGUUGCCACGAGAGUUGUAUGCGCUAGCUCCAGCUGGCACACUUUUGUCUGAGGCCCAACGACCAUCUUGCUGGCGUGGUUCGUAGCGAGGCUGGGGUCGACCGUUCAACUGGAAGCGAUCAGAUUUCAUCGCCCCGAUACCAAAACUGUUCGAAAGCGGCAUCGGUGCAAACGUGUCGGGCGGUGAAUGGACAAAGUUGAAGUCUUCGCGAGCGGCUGCCAUGUUAUUGCUGUGUCUCAGACCAGUCCAGUCGAGGUUAUCCGUGUGCGACGAGUAACCGAAAGGAGCCGGGGCUUGGGUCUGCUGAUGCUGCUGAAUGUUGUUCGGAUUGUUGCUGUUCUUCAGAGCGACAUGCAUGUGCGUUGAUUCAUUCUGAGAGGCGACGUUGACCCGGUCGCGGAAAGGGGAUUGCUCGGGCACCAGCGUUCCACCGAAGACGUCUUUCGCUUUGUCCUGGUGAUCAUUCCUGCUUGCAUUCUCGUUGUGCUGCAACCAUGGAUCGUGGGUGGACAUCCGUGCCCAAGAGGUCUUUGGCACGACAAUUUGAGGUUGACCUCUGUCAUCCCGCGAGGAUGGCUGCCCGGCAGUGGGCGGAGUAAGCAAUGUCCAGGCAUCAGCACGUUCAGAUGGGCUCGAAGACGACGAGGCUUUGUCCGGAUGUACCUGUGCAGAAAACGGGAGCUGAUUCACUGCUGCUCCGUAUCCACGGUCCUGUCGACCCAGAUGCGCAUUCUUGUCUGGCUGCAACCGCGGAUCGUGAGCGGACGUUCUUGCCAAAGAAGUAGAUUGCGGAACAACCUGAGCUUGGUGCGGCGCAUUCCGGUGCUGUGCAAAGAGCGGUGCCCCAGCCUUUGUGGUCGGCACUGAAGAUGGACAUUGUUCCUUCGCUGUCUCCCAUGCGCCGUUGGGGGCUGACAAAAGCGCAUCGCCACGUGAUUGGAGUGCGACCCAACUGUCGUCCUGAUGCUCAGCACUUACAUGUGUCGGAGCUUUGAUAUCGUUCCGAGGAGGUCGACUCUCAGCCUGUCUUGUAUUCGUCUGUGUACUGCUGCAGUCACUAGCACGGCGGCCACGAUGCCCUGUGGGCUUACGAUUCCGCUUUCCUCUUCUAUGUUCGUGCUUAGAUUUGUCGGACGCUCGGUUGGAAUUACGUUGAUGAGAUGCGGGGUGGGGUGCCUCAGGCUCGUCCGGAGCCAGGGCCCAGUUUGGACAGUCCGCAGUGUGCGCUGAAGUAGCCUCGACAUUUUGAAUGGGUGGGAGCUCGACAUGUUUCUUGUUUGGUGUUCCAGCAAGCGGUUCAGCCAAUACAACGGCAGCGAGAUCGGGAUAUCUAGUGGCGAUCUGACCUAAUGAAGGAAACGUCCAUGCAGCACAAAGUGAGAACACCCACAUUGGUUGCAUCGGCAUAGGUGUUGGGAGGAACUUGGAUUGGCCCGUCGGAUGUGUCCAAAACCACACUCGAACCUUCAUUGAUGUAGGCAUUCGAUAUAUCCUGAAUCAUCCCAACCUAAAUCAACCAAGGAGCACAAACGCACGGCUGACUGACCUCUGUGCGUUUGUUUCUCUUCGUCACCAGGACUGAUUCUUCGUCCAUCAGCUGUGAAAGACCUCAGCCCACGAUCGAAAGAAUGAUGCAACUACACACCGAAUCACUAAUGAUUGAAUCGUUCGUGAGAUCAAAAGAGGCGUAUGGAGUCGACGACGCGAUGGCUCCUUCCACAGUGAAAUCAACGAGUGAGUCUUCUCGAGAGAGUGCAGAGAUUGGACUAGCAGCGACAGAUCCUGGUGUCACCGUGGCAGUCGCGUCCGUCACUGGUGGAGGGGCAGGUGGCGCAGAGAUGCGGACGAUCACGGGGUUUGCAGGAGCCCAGAGGACAUCGCCCAGUUCAAGCUUCUUCAUAGGUUCUUCCAAGGCAGACUAGACGGGCGUUCAACGAGCGAGCAAUGUUCAAUGCUGAACACGUACUAUGGGCAGUGGACCCUUCGGUGCAGGGCUCGAUUGUCGAGAGACCGUGGGAGAGGGAGGAUGGGGAAAGAAAUGGGACAUCUGGUCGAGAGGCAGAUCUGAAGAUAGUUCGAAAGUAGGUGGCAGAGACGUGUCCGAUAUUGGGAUAGAGGUGUUGGCUGGGCCCGCACACGGCGAGCGAGCGUUCUGAUCAUCGGUACUCGCUUUGAGCUUGGAUUGGUGCAU